CCCAGUACCAUCGCUGAGGAGUGCUACCACAUCGUGGAUGGGCCUGCUCUUUUGUUGAGAUGAUGUUAUGAAGAGUAUUUGCCAUGCAGGAAGUUACAUAUGAUGAUCGGCUGCUGUAGUCAUGUCUUUACUUUACUUUACGUUACUUCUGCUACGUGGCAGCGCUUCACUGGAGCACUACCCAAUUCACUCCAGCCACGAAUAACAUCGCCCCUGCCAAUGGCUGGGAGCGCGGCUUCGCUAUCCUGGUGGUGAUGAUUGGGUUCGUGGCAUUCUCAUCGUUCCUCAGCAGCAUGUUCAGCAGCUUGAACGAGAUGCAGUCCCUGAAGGCACAUUGGGUGCGGGAGCGCCAUCACCUGAUUAUGUUCUUGAGGAGCAAGUGUAUCCCGUCGUCCCUGCAGCAGCGCGUGCUGGGGCUCUUCGACCAAGAAGGGGAGAGCAGAAAUGAGUGCCACAUCGAGGUAGACGUUCCGAUAUUGAUGCAGAUGCCAGUAUCCAUUCAGAUCCGAGUGCGCAGGGAGUAUUGUUUGCCGCUGCUGCUGAAAAGUGAGCUCUUGGGGCGCGUGCGCCACAUCGACCCCCGGUGCUUUCUGCAGAUCUGCUACGACUGCAUGGCGGACAGUCGCUACAUCAGCCAGCAGGAGGUCUUCCUGGACGGCAUCGAGAGUAGCACGGCCUACGUGCUGGCGACGGGCGCGCUCAAGUAUUAACAGGGGCGGAAGGCUACGGUCGUGAUGCCAUGUCAGUGGGUGUCCGAGGCCUGCCUGUGGGUGCAGUGGAGGCACCAGGGCUCGCUGGUGGCCUGGUCUUGCUGCUCCAUGGUGUGCCGACAAAUUCUGGCAGACCGUCCUCAAGUCGGGCGGCGACCUGUACCGGUGCCUUCGUACAGUCGCGUGCUAUAUGCUCACACGAUCGAGCAGUCGGCAGAGAAAAACAUGAGGCUGACAGACCUUGGCCUCGAUCUUGAGGAUACCAACGGCAUCCACUGGAGGGCGUUCAAGUUCUGUGACUUAGCAAUUCCAUCAUGUCCAUUGAUUCCCAGAGGGGACGGCUCCACGUCUAGCGGGUUCAUGAAGGUUCCCUUGACGAGACGCAGGAUGUCAACGCAGAU